AUAUAUAUUGCAAUGGUCAUCCCCAACUAACAUUCCAUUCGUAUACAUGGGAGUGGGACAGAGAGGUUUUAUUCAGAGAUCGUGUCCUUUUACUAAUUGUUUUGUUACAAGUAAUCGAGAUUAUUUUGAUGAUUACACAAAAUUUGACGUCCUUGCGUUCCACGGACCAGAACUCGCUUUAUUUGGUAUGUACGAUUUACCAGAGAGGAGGUCACUAAAGCAGAAAUUUGUAUUUGCAAGUAUAGAAUCACCAGAUAACUAUCCGGUUUGUUUUAGCGAACUAGAUAACUUUUUCAAUUGGACGUGGACUUACAAGUUAACAUCAGAUGCAAGAUGGGGUUAUAUAGUAGUGCGGGAUUCAAAUAAUCAGGUGAUAGGACCAAAUGUUGAAAUGCAUUGGUUGAAAAAAGAAGAAAUGGCUCCCGUUAGUGAAGAAUUCAAAAAGAAAUUGAAAACCAAAACUAGAGCAGCGGCUUGGUUUGUCUCUAAUUGCCGUUCAAAGAGUGGACGAGAAAUUUUUGUCACGAUGUUAAAAGCAAAGUUAAGGAAAUAUGGAUUAACUGUCGACGUGUACGGUCGUUGUGGUACUUUAUCGUGUCCUUCGGAAAAUCAAGAUGAGUGCGCUAAAAGGAUCGCGAAAGAUUAUUAUUUCUAUUUGUCUUUCGAAAAUUCGUAUGCCGAAGAUUAUGUUACAGAAAAAAUAUUACAUCCAUUGCAAAACAACGCUGUUCCGAUUGUUUAUGGUGGCGCUAAUUAUACAAGGUAA